AUGUCUUUAGAGAAGAAAAGACAAAGAGAUCGCCGAUCGCAACAGAAUCUUCGUGACAAAAAGUCGAAGCACACAGCUCACCUUGAAGAGCAAGUAGCACAUUGCAAGCAACACCAUGGCGACCACGCAGUUCAGCGACUUCUUGAAGUGAUUACCGGCCUUCGUGAGGAGAAUGGGUCUCUUCGAAAUCGCCAGAAUAUCUUGAAGUCAUUGGUCACAUCUUGGGACCUGGAAACGGACCCAGUGAUGCCAGGUCGUGCAAGUCUGGACAAGUCAUCGCUCCACACAGACUCAAAUUCCCGGGAAGCUCCCCUCUCAUUCCACGCGGCUUUUCAAGGACCAAUAUCAUCAAACGGCAACUCUAAUAAUAAACGUGGGUCAACUUGCACCCCGGCGACCGGCGCUUCUGCCAUGGAAACACAAUCAUCGUCAGAUGCAUCCUCAACAAAGAGCACACCACUUUGGUGCCAAAUUCCACCUCAUACCGAUGACUUCUCUGGUCCUCCAAAUCUUAUAUCAUGCCCUUGGUUCUGCUAUCCAGAGAAAGUGACCCCAUGUCCAGAUACUCCAGGCUCGCCUCUCGAUAUUCUUUACGGGACGAAAACCAAUGCGCUAGCAGAUAUGAUCCAUACGGCCUUACAGCGGAGGCCCAUUCGGGACCCGGAACGUCUCGCAAUGGGCUGGCUAGCUUACCAUCUUUCAAGGUGGUUUUUAAAUCCCACGCCAGCGACCUACGAACGCCUUCCUGUGUUCAUACGACCCGUUCAAGGCCAGAUAGAAGCUCCACACCCGCUGGUUCUAGACUUUCUACCCUGGCCAAGAUUGCGCGUGAAUGUGAUUCGCCAGUGGCAUCUCUACUGUGACAAUCGAGAUGAUUUGUUUGGCAUGUUUGCCUGUUGCAUGAAGAUCCGUUGGCCUUGGGGUGAGGAUAUCCUUGAGAGGGAUGAUAAUAACGAGCUGCAGAUCAAAAAGAAGUUCUAUGACACAUUUACAAAGCCAGAAGGAUGGGGGCUUACGCCGGAGUUUACCGCCAGGUACCCUAAUCUGGUCGAGGGGAUGGAUAUUCGUGAAGUCCUGUUUGAGCUGGUGUGA